AAAAGCACAGAACGUAUUCAACUUUUCAAAAGGGUUGUGGCAGCUGAAUAUUAUUUGUUCUAUGAUGUUUUGUUGGAAGCCGUCAAAGACAUACAAAAAUUGAAAGUUGAUCUAACGAUAGAAGAGAAGAAAUGCUUAGAAAUGGUAAAUGAGAAUCUAUUUAACGAGACAGUAAAGAUACUAAAACCGCUCGAAGAUAUGGGUAUGAGGUCUGAAGAAACAAUCAUUAUAGAUGAUAAUCAAAAGAUGAUUAAAGAGUAUUUGGAGGACACCUUC